AACUAGCAGGGACUAAAGCUAUCGGAGGUUUGUUAUGGCUAUUUAAUGAAAACUAAACCACGGAUUACAGCUUUUGUCAAAACACAGACUAGACUUACGGUUUAUUUUCUUUGAGCCUGCAUUGAUCAUGAAAUACAUUACAGGAGUAUUGUUGCUCUUGGCAACGAUAACUGCCAAAGUCAACAGUGGAAAGCAGUGCCAGUGCAAGUGUGACGAAGAGAGGCUGGACAGAGAACCAAGCUCUGUAGACGACCGCUACGCUACGUGCCGGGAGGAGAUGAUGGGGAACAUCACCAAUGGCGAUCUGUUGUCUAGGGAACUCCAGGCCGACCCCUCCUUCGCUGAUGCCUGGCUGGAGGCUGGAAGCUGCAAUAGGACCGUGGCAAACCUCACCAAAUUGCACAUUACAGCGCUGAGCGUUUACACAAACGAAAACCGCACCUUCCCUGAGAUGUUCGACACAGACACCCGAUCAUUUGGCCCUGACGUCAAUGUCUACCGCCGGUACUUCCCGUACAAGUCCCUCCACUUCCUGCUGACUGAUGCUCUGCGGCUCCUGAGGGCGGGGAACGAAGCGGAGUCUGACCAGGAGGGAACAGGCUGCCUGCUGGUGUACACUAGGAGUAGACGCAGCGGCGACAUGCAAGGGGAGGUGGGAGAUCCGGUGCGUAUCGGGCAUUUCAUCCUGGCGUCCACGCGGCGCUACAGUGCCAGCUUUGACCUGACCAUCCGGACCUGUCACGGCACCAUACUGCCCCAGUUCACUUCACUCCACUGCCGCUCCUAUUCGGGCCUUAACGUGCUGGUACCGCCCUACGAGUUGUUCAGGGUGGCAGCAGUGAAGAAAGGAUAUCGCAAAUGGGAAAAUGACAUGGCAAGGGAGUUCUACCUGGAGUCCAUUGGCACUUUGAACACACUCAACUGUGCUAUGACCUCUGUCAUGUAAGUUCCAAAUCAGUACAAACCACUAAGCGAAUAAAGUCUGUUUGCU